AUGAAGUUUAUCUUAAAAUACGUGGUCCUUGGAUUUUGUUUCGCAUUUAUGGAUGGAGUAAAGUUCAGAUGCGAUUACAAGUAUACAUAUUUAGGAUGGUUAAAGUACCACGAAAUACCCGCCACUUGGUACGACGCCCGCUUGCAGUGUAAAUUCGAAGGUGGAAUAUUAGCUUCACCUACUGUACCAGGACUGAAAACUUUAAUGUUGGACUUAUUUUGCAAACCUGAAAUCUUCACUGGAAUUCACUCCACUGUUUCAAAAGGACAAUACUAUUCCGUUGAUGGUAUACCUCUGGCACAAAUUCCGCAUGAAUGGGAGUCAAACGAACCUGAUAAUAAAAAUGACACGGAAAGGUGCAUCACUUUAAACUCGGAUGGAAAAUUCUCUGACGCAAGAUGUGAUGAACCGCGUCCUUAUAUCUGCUUUAGGGAGAAUUCGCAUGUUGAUGUCAAUAUUUGUGGUACUCCAGACUCAGAAUACCACUUAGAGAGCCAGACAAAUAAAUGUUAUAAAUUUCACACAACACCGAGAACGUUUGCACGAGCCCACUUCGCCUGUUCUGCUGAGGGGGGUCAUCUUGCUAUUAUCAACAGUGAUGAAGAGUCGAAGGUCCUCUCACAAAUAUUUGCGAAAUAUCCCGCAUCCAAAAUGAUUGGAAAUUUCCCAAAAGAUUUUGCUUUCAUUGGUUUCCACAAUUGGGGAGAGAGCGCGGAUUGGACAACUAUCCACGGUCAAUCAAUUCAAGAAGCAGGAUUCGCCAAGUUCAGUCCAGGACAACCUGAUAACGGCACUGCAGGAGAAUAUUGUGGAUCGGUGUUACGUAAUGGCUUAUUAAAUGACUUAUGGUGCGAAAAGCAUUUCGCAUUUAUUUGUGAAAAAAGUCCUGACUAUCCUCUAGUGUGCGACAAUAUUAAACCAAUGGAUGAGUCUAAUCAUAACCACGAUUGUAAUAAUGAUGCUCAAGAAAAACAAAUUGAAUCUGUAUCUAUUAAAAAUAAAACCAAUCCAAAACAUGUCGUCCCUGCGAGUUAG